AUGUGGCUUUCACUUACCCUGGGCCUUCUCUUCUUAUACAUCGUCGACUAUUCGCGACAGCUAUACAAGAACAUUCGGAUCGCGCAGCGCACGGAACUUCCAUACGUCGUCGCUCCCUUCUCCAUUGGGAUCAUCCAAGUCAUUCUCUUCCAGACGCGGUGGUUCCCAUAUAUAGUCGACAAUGUGCUCCCCGCGUCGCUUGGGGAUAAUCUGCGAGAUGUGCUUUCUACUUCGCGAUGGGUACUGAAGGACCGCCAGGUGAGGAAGUAUGGGAAGGUUUAUUUGGUGGUUACGCCGCGCGUGGUUCUGUGUAAUGUGUCGGAUGCAGGGGUUGUGGUGCAGGUUACGCAUGCGAGGGGUGGAUGGCCGAAGCCGAUUUGGCUGUAUCAGGGUGUUGAGCUGUAUGGGCCGAAUGUGGUCACGUCUGAGGGCCAUCAUUGGGCGCGACAUAGGCGUCGAACUGCAACGAUUUUCAACAAGAAGAAUGAUGCUUUGGUGUGGAAAGAGAGCAUUCGGUUGGUACAAGAAAUGCUUGAACAAUGGAAAACAGGAAAUGGAUCUCGGGACCUCCUGGUCCAGACGGUACGAGACGAUGUACCCAAGUUCGCCCUCAAUGUAUUCUCCGCUGCAGGGUUCGGGGUACGAAUGCCUUUCAAACCAGUAGCGGACAACUCUGCGGAGGUAAAAAACGGGCGGUAUGGGAUCUUCCAAGACACUCCGACGCCUCCUCAGGGAUUCGACUUCACGUUUCGCGGGGUAGUCCACUAUAUGUGCUCUAAUAUCAGCAUGGUCAUUCUCGCGAUUUUUAUACUGCCCAAGUGGGCGCCUCGAGUUCUCUUCCCAUUUUUGAGACGAAGCUUCUCUGCGCAUAGGGACUUGAAAAACUACCUGGAGAUGCUACUUUCCAAUGCGAAAACAGAGGAUAGCCCUACCACUUCGGAUCUGGUACAUGAGAUGAUAAGGGAUAGGUCAACCUCGACGGGGGGGAGUCUUUCUGACCAAGAAAUUAUCAGCAACGGGCACGUAUUCACUAUCGCAGGGCACGAGACUACAGCAACGACCUUGCGUUACGCUCUCCUGCUCUUGGCUCUGCACCAGGACGUACAGGAGUGGGUUUGGCAGGGGUCAGUUGAAGCAACAACAGACGAACCUGCAGAUGUCGAGGCCUGGAAUGAAGAGAGUGUCUAUCCAAAGCUGGUAACUCCGCUGUGUGUUAUGCUCGAGACAAUGCGUCUCUACCCUCCAGUUGUGACGGUUCCAAAGUGGACAGGCAAUGAGGUGAGGUCUAUCCACUAUCAAGAUAGAGAUGUCCCCCUCGGGCAGGGAAUCAAUAUAAAUCUGAACAUGAAUGGUCUCCAUUAUUCAGAAGAGUAUUGGGGACCUGAUGUCCAGAUAUUCUCCCCUCAGAGAUGGGAUGCAAGAAACAAGGAAAGUUAUCUCGCGAGAAACGCGGACUUGACAGGCCUCAACAGUCCAGGAUUGGAGUAUUCGACCAUCCACAAGCCCGUCAGAGGAGCGUAUAUCCCAUUCAGUGAUGGUGUCCGUGCAUGUCUAGGGAAGAAGUUCGCUCAAGUCGAAGUCGUGAUAGCCUUGACAGUUAUUCUCCGCCAAUAUCGGAUCGAACUGGCGCAGAAAGGAGAAAAAGGCCGGAAACAGGCUGAAAGGGCGCUUGAAGAUAGCGCUUCGAUGAUUGCACUGGCUAUGAACCAGGACGUGCCUCUAGUCUUUCGAGAACGGGGUGAGAGUCAGUAA